AUGGCUGCAUCCUUCCCUCCGGUUAAAAUGGGCCAGGUAGCCGGCUCGGAGAUACAGCACACAUUUGCUGGAGACGUAUUUCCACAAUUUACACAUCAUGGAAAAAGUGAUUAUCACUGCGAGCUUUGCAGUCCUUUCCUAAGGUGGGCCAAGAAAAACGGUGUCAAACAUUCUGCAUACAAGUCUACCAAAGUAACAAUUGAUGACAUAAUAAACAAUACUACCAUCAUUAGCUUCUCUGGUGUGACACAAGUUAACAAACACUUUAAUUCCAAAGUUCACCAGGAAGCUAUUGCCUUUUUUAAACGUGAUUUUUCAGAGGUGGUAAAACAAGCGGACGCAGAUCAAUCCAAGGGAAAGAAAGUGACUAUAACAAACUAUUUUGCGCCAAAGAAUCCUUUAAACUGAGUACGACCUCUGGUUCCACUAAAGAAGAUGGCAAACCACGUAAUGUCAGAUGUCUUUAUUACUAGGAUCCAGAGGUCGUAAAACAUUUUAAAGAUGACAAGGAGAUAAGAAGCUCUACAACAAAAUCACUGUUCAAGAAAAGGCUGCAUAAAGGCAUCAUUAGAUGUUACAAAACCUCCGUGAACCAUGAAGAGUGUUAUCGGUACGAAGCGUGGAAGAAGAAACACCCCGGAGAACAGAAAAUUAUGCUGGAAGAAGCAGGCAGAAACCCAAGGGCAAUCUUCAUUCCACUAAACAAAAUGAUAAAAGUUCACAGCAGGGAGAUCAAGUUAAGCGGAGGUAUCGAGAGCCUAGAUCCUCCCUGCUUAGAGGAAGCAAUGUCACAUGGAAAACAUCCCUUUUCAUGUUCCAACUGUGCAAGACAGGAGAGGGAUUUCAAGAAUACACUUCAGCACAGACGAAGUGGAAGUCUAAAGGCUACCGACAACUGCAUUGGUGUUAGAGGCUUUACUAAGCGUUACGCCAGAAAGGGUGAGGUAGAGGACGCCCUUGAAAAAGCGGAAUAUCGUCAAAGAUCUGCUCAAAAACAGUUGCAAGAAAUGGCAAAGGUCAAACUAGCCCCAAGCGAGAUUGAAGGCUGCUUGUUUGACUCUUGUAUUGCUGGAGACGACCAAAAACUCGUCAUUGACCUGGUUCGUUUCUUUCAAUCUGGUACUGCAAAUAAAAAUCCGGUGCAAAUUCUUGUUUGCGAAACCUUGUCUCAGAACUUAGGAAGAAUAACAACCAUCAUUACACAGCAUUAA